AUGAAACUGUUAUCUGAAGGACAAUUCAGGUUUUGUGUUGUUCAACCAAUACAUCUCACAUCAUGGCUGCUUAUAUUUUUCAUUCUGAAGUCUAUCUCUUCUCUAAAACCUGCCCGACUUCCAAUUUAUCAAAGGAAACCUUUUAUAGCUGCAUGGAAUGCUCCAACAGAUCAGUGUUUGAUAAAAUAUAAUAUAAGACUAAAUCUGAAAAUGUUUCAGGUGAUUGGAAGCCCACUGGCCAAGGCUAGAGGGCAAAAUGUCACUAUAUUUUAUGUCAACAGAUUGGGAUACUAUCCAUGGUAUACAUCACAGGGGGUUCCUGUUAAUGGGGGUCUCCCCCAGAACAUAAGUUUGCAAGUACACCUAGAAAAAGCUGACGAAGAUAUUAAUUACUACAUCCCUGCUGAAGAUUUCAGUGGACUUGCUGUCAUAGACUGGGAAUACUGGAGACCCCAGUGGGCCCGGAACUGGAACACAAAAGAUGUCUACAGACAGAAGUCAAGAAAGCUUAUUUCUGAUAUGCAAGAGAAUGUAUCAGCUACUGAUAUUGAAUAUUUAGCUAAAGCAACCUUUGAAGAAAGUGCAAAAGCUUUUAUGAAGGAAACCAUCGAAUUGGGAAUUAAGAGCCGACCCAAGGGCCUUUGGGGUUAUUAUUUAUAUCCUGAUUGCCACAAUUAUAAUAUUUAUGCCCCGAACUAUACUGGGUCAUGCCCAGAAGAGGAAGUUUUGAGAAAUAAUGAGCUCUCUUGGCUCUGGAACAGCAGUGCUGCUUUAUAUCCUUCUAUUGGUGUCAGGAAAUCUCUUGGAGACAGCGAAAACAUUUUGCGCUUCUCGCAAUUUCGGGUGCAUGAAUCCAUGAGGAUCUCCACCAUGACAUCCCACGAUUAUGCUCUGCCUGUAUUUGUCUACACAAGACUAGGCUACAGAGANNAACCUUUAUUUUUUCUUUCUAAGUAUCGGGAUUUGGUGAAUACUGUGCCUCUGACGCCUUUAAUGAGAUGA